UUUUAAAUUAGACUAUACAACAUUCGUCCUCAAUCAUGGCUCUGGAUCUGAAUAAUAUUUCUACUGCAGCCUCAUCUCAGACCUCGCAGAAGCAGGUCCGAGUGCAGUUAACCACCAAGAAUGAAGACAUUGCAUUGCCCGAAAAUGCGGGCCCAAUUCUCGUUCCCACAGGCUUGCGAAGAUAUGCACUGUCAACAUUGGUGAACAACCUUCUUGGGAAUGAGAAGCCUGUCCCAUUCGAAUUCCUGAUUAAUGGCACUUUCCUCCGAACUUCGAUCGACGAAUACUUAACUGCAAAUGAAAUAUCUUCGGAGACGACGCUUGAGAUUGAAUAUAUCAGGGCACUGAUUCCACCAUUACAUAUCGCCUCCUUCCAGCAUGACGACUGGGUAAGCUCGACCGAUGUACUUUCUGCAACAUCGCCAGCUGCUUCUUGGACAUCAAACCCAUCAGGCAUUUCGCAGGGCCAGGAGAGGAUUCUUUCUGGAAGCUACGAUGGCCUACUUCGAGUAUGGAAUAUGUCGUCUCAGACGAUUGCCAUUUCGCCGUCUGCCGCCGAUGGCGGGCAUACUGCUUCCAUCAAAGCCGCAAAAUUCGUUAGUCCGAAUCAAAUUGCUUCGGCUGGACUUGACCGAACAGUACGAUUAUGGAAGUACUCCGGAGACGAGGAUGGUUUCUCAGGAACCAUCUCUCCCCAGCUUGAGCUGUAUGGGCAUAAAUCAGGCAUCAACUCUCUGGCUGUAAAUGCGCCCUCGAAUCGUAUCUUGUCCGCUUCGUCGGACCACACUGUCGGGUUUUGGUCGACAAAGAAAUCAAACGCCCCUGCUGCCCUGGAGAAUUUAAUACCGUCCGGGUCCGCAAAGGGAUCGAAAAGACGGAAGCUGAAUUCUUCAGUGAGCGUCCCGCAGCGGGGACCCUUGACUCUUUUGACCUCACACACUGGACCAGUUUCUGCAGCGAUCUUUGAUGCCAAGGACUCCACAGUUGGGUAUUCGACGUCUUGGGACCAUUCCCUACGAACUUGGGAUCUUGUUACGGCUUCACUGGUGGAUACCCGCAUCACGUCCCAUUCCCUUCUUUCUCUUGAACAUCUUCCCGAACUCAACCUGCUUGCUGCUGGUACGUCUGCUCGACACCUUACUCUCAUCGAUCCUCGUGCCUCAGCAACAGCCGUCUCGGCCAUGACGCUGCGGGGACACACGAAUGCGGUUGUGGCAUUGGCUCGCGACCCUCACAGCACGUACGGCUUAAUUAGUGGUAGUCAUGAUGGUACCUGCCGAAUCUGGGAUGUUCGGUCUACGAAGACGGACAGGAAUGGAGUCGUGGGGGAGAGCACGUACUCGAUUUCGCGGAAGAGUCUGGAGGAAGAAGGGAAAGCCGACAGCAAGCGGGUUGGUGGAGAGGGCAUUAAGGUCUUCAGCGUCUGCUGGGACAAAACCAUUGGUAUUGUAAGCGCAGGUGAGGAUAAGAGGAUUCAGAUCAACCGUGGAGAGGGUGUGCUGCCGUCUACGAAAGAGUGAAAUUGCAUAUAUGGGGCUGGCGUUCUGAAUGCGGCUGAAAAGUAUAUCUCUUUUUUCUUUUGUCUCUUUACGUGUACUAUGGAGUACUGCAGAGUAUACCAAAUAAAGCGAUUUCCUGCAUAGAU